UUUGGUCCUUCUCAGGACACGAGAGUACCCACGUCCCACAAUUGGCUUAUCUUCUUGUUCCCGUUUCUUCUUCUUCUUCAAUAAGGGGACAGGCCUCUGCUUCCUGUAAAAUCUGCAACACUAGCAGAAAUAUUGAAGAUUUUUGUUUUUGGAGGAGGGAGUAAGAAGAAGAAGACGAAUGAGGGCUGCAGUGAUUGGUUCCGGGAUUACUGGGCUUGUUUCAGCUUAUGUUCUUGCAAAAGCUGGAGUUAAUGUUGUUUUGUACGAGAAAGAUGAUUAUCUCGGCGGCCAUUCUAAGACUGUUUCCAUUGACGGCGUUGACGUUGACCUCGGUUUCAUGGUCUUCAACCGCGUAACAUAUCCAAAUAUGAUGGAGUUUUUUGAGAGUCUGGGAGUGGACAUGGAGUUGUCUGAUAUGUCAUUCGCUGUUAGCUUAGACAAGGGCAAGGGCUAUGAAUGGGGUACCAGAAAUGGCCUCUCAGCUUUGUUUGCACAGAAGAAGAAUCUUUUCGAUCCACGCUUCUUGCGAAUGCUUCGAGAACUAGUCAAGUUUAAGCAUGACGUCCUCAGUUAUCUUCAGAUGCUUGAGAACAAUCCUGACAUUGAUCGAAAUGAAACGUUGGGGAAUUUUAUCAAGUGCAAGGGUUACUCAGAUGUUUUUCAGAAUGCUUAUCUUAUUCCAAUGUGCGGUGCCAUAUGGUCCUGCAAUUCAGAGAAAGUUUUGAGCUUUUCUGCUUACUCUAUACUCUCAUUUUGCCGUAAUCACCAUUUGCUUCAGCUCACUGGCCGCCCGCAGUGGCUUACUGUCAGAUGUCGCUCCCAUACUUAUGUCAACAAGGUCAGAGAAAUGCUGGAAAGCUGGGGCUGUCAGAUCAGAACUAGCUGCGAGGUCCUCUCAGUUUCCACUGACGAUGAAGGUUGCAGAGUAGUUGGUGUAGAUGGUUCAGAAGAAAUGUUCACUGGGUGCAUAAUAGCUUCUCAUGCCCCGGAUACUUUGAAGAUGUUAGGAGAGCAAGCAACAUUUGAUGAAAGAAGAAUACUUGGUGCUUUCCAGUAUGUGUACAGUGACAUCUUUGUUCAUCAUGAUAAAGAAUUUAUGCCUAAAAACCCAGUAGCAUGGUGUGCAUGGAAUUUCCUAGGAAGUGAAGAUAACAAAGUGUGCCUGACAUAUUGGCUGAAUGUGCUUCAGAAUCUUGGUGAUACUGGUCUACCUUUUUUUGUGACGCUCAAUCCAGAUCAUACACCAGACCACACUUUACUGAAGUGGACAACUAGCCAUCCAGUCCCAUCUGUAGCUGCAACAAAUGCUGCACUUGAGUUUGAAAAUAUUCAAGGGAAGAGGGGACUUUGGUUUUGUGGAGCAUACCAGGGUUAUGGUUUCCAUGAGGAUGGACUGAAGUCUGGCAUGCUUGCGGCACAUGGUUUUCUUGGAAAAAGUUGUGCGCUUCUGAGCAAUCCAAAACACAUGGUACCGUCUAUGUUAGAAAUAGGGGCGCGCCUUGUUGUUACCAGAUUUCUUGGAAAUUACAUCUCUACUGGCAGUUUAAUUAUAUUGGAGGAGGGAGGCACAAUUUUUACCUUUGAGGGAACAGCUAAGAAGUGUUCUCUAAAAGUUGUUUUGAAAGUUCAGAGUCCCCAGUUUUACUGGAAGAUAAUGACACAGGCUGAUUUAGGCCUUGCGGAUGCAUAUAUCAAUGGUGAUUUUUCCUUUGUUGACAAAGAUGCAGGUCUUCUAAAUCUUUUCAUGGUUCUCAUUGCCAAUAGGGAUGCUAAUACUACUGCAUCAAAAUUGAAUUGGAAAAAGGGUUGGUGGACUCCCAUGUUUUUCACUGCUAGUAUUACAUCUGCAAAAUUUUUCAUCCAGCACGUUUCAAGGCAAAAUACUCUUACACAAGCUCGAAGGAACAUCUCUCGUCAUUAUGACCUGAGUAAUGAUCUUUUUGCGUUGUUCUUGGAUGAAACAAUGACAUACUCCUCUGCUGUAUUCAAGACGGAAGAUGAGGACUUGAAAGAAGCACAGAUGAGAAAAAUUUCACUCCUGAUAGAAAAAGCAAGAGUCAGUAAAGAACAUGAAGUUCUUGAGAUCGGUUUUGGUUGGGGAACCUUAGCUAUUGAAGUUGUCAAAAGAACUGGAUGCAGAUAUACUGGUAUCACUCUAUCUGAGGAGCAACUGAAGUAUGCAGAAAACAAAGUGAAGGAAGCUGGCCUCCAGGACAGCAUCAGAUUUCUACUCGCUGACUAUCGCCAAUUGCCUAGAAACAUCAAAUAUGACAGAAUCAUAUCUUGUGAAAUGCUAGAAGCUGUCGGCCAUGAAUACAUGGAGGAGUUCUUUGGUUGUUGCGAUGCAGCAUUAGCAAAAGAUGGGCUUAUUGUUAUGCAGUUCAUAUCAAUACCUGAAGAACGUUAUGAAGAGUACAGGCAAAGUUCAGACUUCAUUAAGGAAUAUAUAUUUCCUGGUGGAUGUUUGCCAUCAUUAACAAGGGUAACCACAGCAAUGGCUGCUAAAACAAGACUCUGUGUGGAGCAUGUGGAAAAUAUAGGACUUCAUUACUUCCAGACGCUGAGAUACUGGAGAAAAAAUUUCUUGGAGAACCAAAGCAAAAUUCUGGCUUUGGGAUUCAAUGAAAAGUUCAUUCGAACAUGGGAGUACUAUUUUGACUACUCUGCAGCUGGUUUUAAGACACAUACGCUUGGAGAUUAUCAGGUUGUUUUUACACGCCCAGGCAAUGUGGCUGCACUGGGCAACCCAUACAAAGGAUUUCCUGCAACGAUAAGGUCUACUUCUCCGAACUAUAGCAUGGCCGCUUCUGAAAGCUUUGAUUCUGAGAGAAAUCAAGUAUGCAUAGCACCCUCAUUGUUAGAAACUCUAGGCCGACGUAUUGUUACUAGAUUUCUUGGAUCCUUCAUCUCCACUGGCUGCUUAACUUUGCAGGAAGCAGGUGGCGCAGAUCUCACUUUUGCGGGAACUGGAAGAAAAUGUUCUCUAAAAUUUCAUCUGAAAGUUCACAAUCCCCAGUUCUAUUGGAAGGUAAUGACACGGGCAGAUAUAGGUCUUGCAGAUGCUUAUAUUGAUGGAGAUUUUUCUUUUGCUGAUGCUGAUGAAGGCCUCUUAAAUCUUAUCAUGCUACUGAUUGCCAAUAGAGAUGCCAAUCAAUCUGCUUCAGAAUCGAACAAGAAAAGGGGUUGGUGGACGCCGUUGUCAUUAUUCACAGCUACCUUUGCAUCCGCCAAGUUGGCGUACCAGCAUGUUUUAAGGCAAAAUACUCUUACACAAGCUCGCAGGAACAUCUCUCGUCACUAUGACCUGAGUAAUGAAAUUUUUGCUCUGUUCUUGGGUGAAUCAAUGACAUACUCCUCUGGGAUCUUUAAGACGGAAGAUGAAGACUUGCAAACAGCGCAGAUGAGGAAAAUUUCUAUUCUGGUUGAAAAAGCAAGAAUUGAGCCGAAGCAUGAAGUUCUCGAUAUAGGUUGUGGGUGGGGCACCUUUGCCAUUGAAGUAGUGAAACGAACUGGAUGUAAAUACACUGGAAUUACUUUGUCUGAGGAACAACUGAAAUUUGCAGAGAUGAAAGCGAAAGAUGCUGGCUUGCAGGACCAUAUCAAGCUUCAGCUAUGCGAUUACCGUCAGUUGCCUGAAACACGUAAAUACGACAGAAUCAUAUCUUGUGAAAUGAUAGAGCACGUUGGACAUGAAUUCAUGGAAGAGUUCUUCGGUUGCUGUGGCAAAUUAUUAUCAGGAGACGGGCUUCUUGUUCUACAGUUCUCAUCAAUACCGGAUGAACGUUACGAGCAGUACAGGCGAAGUACAGAUUUUAUUAAAGAAUAUAUAUUCCCUGGUGCAUGCGUGCCUUCAUUAAGCAUGGUAAUCUCAGCUAUGAGUGCUGCCACAAGACUAUGUGUGGAGCAUGUGGAAAAUAUAGGAAGUCAUUACUAUCAUACUUUGAGACACUGGAGAAAGAAUUUCUUGGACAAUCAGAGCAAAAUUCUGGCCAUGGGAUUUGACGAGAAGUUCAUUAGGACAUGGGAAUACUACUUCGAUUAUUGUGCAGCUGGAUUUAGGACAUAUACGCUGGGAAAUUAUCAGGUUGUAUUCUCUCGUACUGGAAACAUUAAGACAUUGGGGUAUCCAUACAGAGGAUUUCCAUCAGCAUAUGCUCACUUGUCUUCCACACAACCCUACAUGGCCGCUUCAGAAAGCUUUGAUUCAGUGAGAAAUCAAGUACACAAGGCACCCUCCAUGUUGGAAACUCUAGGCCGACGUACUGUUACUAGAUUUCUGGGAUCCUUCAUCUCCACUGGCUGCUUAAUCUUGCAGGAAGCAGGUGGCACAGAUCUCACUUUUGAGGGAAGUGGAGCAAAAUGUUCCCUAAAAGUUCAUUUGAAAAUUCACAGUCCCCAGUUUUAUUGGAAGGUGAUGACACGGGCAGAUGUAGGUCUUGCAGAUGCUUAUAUCGAUGGAGAUUUUUCCUUUGCUGAUGCUGAUGAAGGCCUCGUAAAUCUUAUCAUGUUACUGAUUGCCAAUCAAUCUGCUUCAAAAUCGAACAAGAAAAGGGGUUGGUGGACGCCGUUGUUAUUCACAGCUACUUUUUCAUCGGCCAAGUUGGUGUACCAGCAUGUUUUAAGGCAAAAUACUCUUACACAAGCUCGCAGGAACAUCUCUCGUCACUAUGACCUGAGUAAUGAAGUUUUUGCUCUGUUCUUGGGUGGAACAAUGACAUACUCCUCUGGGAUCUUUAAGACGGAAGAUGAAGACUUGCAAACAGCACAGAUGAGGAAAAUUUCUAUUCUGAUUGAAAAAGCAAGAAUUAAGCCGAAGCAGGAAGUUCUGGACAUAGGUUGUGGGUGGGGAACCUUUGGCAUUGAAGUCGUGAAACGAACUGGAUGUAAAUACACUGGCAUUACUUUGUCUGAGGAACAGCUGAAAUUUGCAGAGAAGAAAGUGAAGGAAGCUGGCUUACAGGACCACAUCAGGCUUCAACUUUGCGACUAUCGUCAAUUGCCUGAAACUACUAAAUACGAUAGAAUCAUAUCUUGUGAAAUGAUAGAGCAUGUUGGACAUGAAUUCAUGGAUGAGUUUUUUGGUUGCUGCGACAAAUUAUUGUCAGAAGACGGACUUUUUGUUCUACAGUUUAUAUCAAUGCCAGAUGAAUAUUACGAGGAGCACAGGCGGAGUGCAGAUUUUAUUAGGGAAUAUAUAUUCCCUGGUGGAUGCCUGCCUUCUUUCAGCCGGGUAAUAUCAGCCAUGAAUGCUGCCUCAAGGCUCUGUGUGGAGCAUGUGGAAAAUAUAGGAAGUCAUUACUAUCAUACUUUGAGACGCUGGAGAGAAAAUUUCUUGGAUAACCAGAGCAAAAUUCUGGCCAUGGGAUUUGACGAGAAGUUCAUUAGGACAUGGGAAUACUAUUUCGAUUACUGUGCAGCUGGAUUUAGGACAUAUACACUCGGAGAUUAUCAGGUUGUAUUCUCUCGGACUGGAAACAUUGAGACAUUGGGGUAUCCAUACGAAGGAUUUCCAUCAGCAUAUGCUCACUUGUCUUCCACACAAGCCUAAUCAUGCCAAUCAACCAAUUCAGUUGUGUUCUCUUUUUUAUACCCUCAAGUUCACAGAAGAACUGUUGGGGUGGAUGAGAUUUUUCAUGUGAAAAAAAUAUUUUCAUAUCUAAUGGAUUGGUUUUAAAAGUGGUUUGCUUAUUUUCAGUUGAAAUUAGAGUGUUUGUUUGAGUUGUAUUUUGUGAGUUUAUUAGAUUUGUAAAGACUUAUCCUUUACCUAAAAAUAAAAAUUUCUGCUAUAAAUAGAGAGAAAAAUUGCUAAAAA